CCCACCGCUAUCUCCCCAUCUUCCAUGGCUCCCUUUUCACCGAAGCUUCCUUCCAAAUUCAGGCUUCGAUCCAUUAGUCUGCCUCCCAGAUCUCACCCCACCACCCUCCUUGUCGAAGACCGCCUCAGCUCCCUCAAAUCUCUUCUUUCUUCUUCUCCCUCCGUCCACUCCAUCUGCUCCGCUCUCUCUGCCCUCGCCGACCUGUAUCAGUCCCUCGACGAUCUCCUCCAGUUGCCUCUCACCCAGCAAGCCUUGUCUCAGCAUCACCCUCAGAAAUGGAUCGAUGACUUGUUAGAUUGUCCCGUUCGAUUCCUCGACAUUCUCGGCACCACCAGGGAUUCCAUUCUGUCCAUGGAAGAAGGCGUCCGUCGUCUUCAAUCCGCUCUGCGAAGGAGAAAGCUGGGAGAUUCCGGCAUCCUCGAUGCUCAUGUCUCCGCGUAUUGGAAUCUCAGAAAGAAUGCCAGGAAGAGUUCCACAAAAUGUGUUCUGCUGCUAAAACAAAUGGAUGCGUCGUUUGAAACAUUUCUGCCGUUGGAUCUCAACGCCCAUCUCUCCGCGGUCGUCAGAGUUCUCACGGAAGCAAGCCUGGUCACCGGCUCCGUCUUCUAUCAUCUGCUGAGCUUCCUGUGUUCCCCGGUCCUGAGAUCAAAGCCCAAUAGCAAGUGGGCUUUGUUGUCGAGAUUGAUGCAGAAAGGAGCACUCUUGAGUGACAGUGAAGAGGGCAAACUAAAUGAGCUGGAAAAGGCGGAUUCCGCGAUUAAUAACCUGAUGAUGAGUUGCCCCGCGCAGGAUGCGGACGUGGCUCAGAAGAUCCAGUGUGCCAACAGCAGGCUGGAGGAUUUGGUGGCGGCGAUUGAGAAGCUGGAGAAUGGGCUGGGGCUUUUGUUCAGGCAUCUCAUCAAUAAUCGGGUGUGCUUUCUGAAUACGGUUUCGCUGGGAUGAGGAAGAGUUAUAUAUAAUUACAGGAUGUGCAUCAACUCUAUAGGUACAGAAGAAAGCACUUGCAAUUUGAUGCAAUUGUAGAUUAUCCCUGAUAGUUGUACAAAGAUUUAUGAGUGAUACACAACUUUGCCUUUUAA